AGGGAGUGUCGGUCGCGGCCUCGGUGCUCUCCGCGGCCCGGCAUGCGCUGAGCGCCCCCGUCCCUGCCGCAGCGCGCCCGCCCGGCGGCCGCCGCCCCCCCGAGGUGUGAAUGACAGAGGAGGUGCCUCCGACUGCGCUUACUGACGUAAACCUCCGUCUUCUCUGCCACGAUGACAUAGACACAGUGAAACAACUCUGUGGCGACUGGUUCCCAAUAGAGUACCCUGACUCAUGGUACCGAGAUAUCACUUCCAACAAGAAGUUCUUUUCCCUUGCAGCCACGUAUAGAGGCUCCAUCGUGGGAAUGAUAGUAGCAGAGAUCAAGAGCAGAACAAAAGUGCAUAAAGAGGAUGGAGACAUCCUAGCUUCCAAUUUUCCUGUGGACACUCAAGUUGCUUACAUCCUAAGUCUUGGAGUGGUGAAGGAGUUCAGAAAACAUGGAAUAGGUUCACUCUUGCUUGAAAGUUUAAAAGAUCAUAUAUCAACAACUGCCCAGGAUCACUGCAAAGCCAUCUAUCUGCAUGUCCUCACUACUAACAACACAGCAAUAAACUUCUAUGAAAACAGAGACUUUAAGCAGCACCACUAUCUUCCCUAUUAUUAUUCCAUAAGAGGGGUCCUCAAAGAUGGCUUUACCUAUGUUCUCUACAUCAACGGCGGACAUCCACCCUGGACAAUCUUUGACUACCUACAGCACAUUGGAUCAACACUAGCCAGCCUGAGCCCCUGUUCAAUUCCCCAGAGGAUAUAUCGACAAGCCCAGAGCCUUCUCUGCAGCCUUCUGCCCUGGUCUGGCAUUUCUGCCAAGAGCGGCAUUGAAUACAGCCGGACAAUGUGACUUGAUCAGAAGAUGUACGAAAAGCAAAGGAUUGUUCUUCCUUUCAUCUCCUGAACCACCAGCUCUGCACCGAUUCCAGUGCUGUUGGCUUUCGGUCAGUGACCCAGCCCUCUGGAAAGGACUCCCUUUUCCACAGAUCGACCAAGAUUUGGCAGACUUGACUGGCUGCAGCCCUGACUUACCCUUGUGGCCUGGAGUCUGCGAGUGCUGCACGGACAGGCCUGGCUGUCUUGUAAGGCAUCUGGCUGCGCCGUAGGCGAGGGCCUCUUGCUGCCACCGGUCUGCGUGCGUCCCUGCCACUUCCCUCGCCUCUGGCUUGUUCACUCGUAUACACGAUGCAGAGGGCUUCAGUCGCUGCUCCCACACUGUAGCUGCUGGAGGUGACCUGAAUGAGGCUGACGAAUCUGCACUGACCAACCAUGUAAAUGAGCCGUUAGCACCCUGGCAGGCCGCUGCCGGCAGGGGCGAGCGUGCUGUCCUAGUCGCAGGGGCGGUGGGGAGCUGGGCGGCCCGAGAGGAUUGCGCUGGGUCCCGCUGCGCCGGUGACUGCUGCUGGUGCUUCCUGCCCCCUCGCAGGAGCGAACCACCCUAGCCCCACCCAUCCUUCUGGAGUGACCUAAACAGAAGCAUCCAAUUCAGGAUGCAUCCAGUAGAAGGCAGGGAAAGAAAUUGCUGUUUCAUAGUGAAAUAUAUAUUAUACUGUACAGAUCUUUCUGCCUCUGUCCAGGUUGGAACUCAGCAGAGGAGGGGGCUGGGGGCAUGGAGCUGUUGCUUCAGCCAGAGCCCUGGGGAGACUGGUGCAGAGUCCUCCUCCUCCUCCCCUGCAUGUGUCUUCCCUUGGCACCAGCGUCAAACUCUUGCAGGAUCUUUUGGGAAUUGAGGUCUGUGUACAGAUCACUGUGGCUUUUAUUUGGCUGUUGAAGAAAAGCCACCACUGCUGCUCACUUGUGUGUUUGAGGUUGCAGUCUGUGGACGUUGCCACGGGCAUGUGCCAGUUGUAUGUGCUGCAGGAGGCUCACGUUGCCUGGAUGCGGGAAUCCCCCCGCCCCGCGGCUGGCUCAGCCUGGUGCGGCUGCGUCUCAGCUCACCAGACGUUACCCUCGCGCCUGCGCAGGAGGCCCCGGCGUUCCUGUGAGCUGCAGCUGCGCUAGGUCCCUUCCCCAGGCCUCGGUGCGAGUCAGGUGCCUGCUUUGCUUUCAGGGUGGGGGUCCUUGCAGGCAAGCGCUGGAGGCACAGCUAUGGCUGCUGUCUUCCAGAUCCUGCCGCAAGCCCCCCUGCGUUGGCCAAGGCUCUUUCCCUGCUCAGCACCAUGUCACUCAUCCCCCCGCACACACGCACCCCCCCCCCGUCAUGUGCCUGUUCUGAUACUGGGAAUGGUGGAGGUUGAAGAUGCAGCCGGAGCGCGGUGUGCUCCUCAUGCAGGUGUUGCCGCCUCCGGCAGUGAGUGUGCCAGGGAGCGGGGAUGAGAAACAGGCGGGUGUCACUGUUAGACCUAGAGGGAGAAAGAGAAUGUCGAGAUCCUGCAGCCCAAAUGAUUGUACAAAGUCAUUUGAAUCUCUGUCGGCCUUUGAGACUGGAGUUUAAUAAUAAAAGGAUGCAGGAGAACUUACUGUGAGCGGUACCAUGCUGGCUCCUAGGAGAGGAGACCGGGGCCAGCUCCUGGCUUUGCCCGCUGCUGCCAGGGAGCUGGCUGCGUGCACGGCGGCUCUGAGCUUCAUAUCUCUGCUGCAGACGGUCCCACUGAGCGCAGCUUUCACGCUGCUGCCCUGUCUGGCCCUGGGGCACAGGAAGCGUUUUGGUCCAGCCCCAGGGGCUGGUGGAUGUUGCACUGUGGGGACGCAGCGGGCUCUUCUGGGCAGAGGUGUUGUGCCAUGUUCAGGGGCUCAACGGCUCUUUGACUGAAGGGAAAAGCGUUUCUCCAGAGGACAGUCGAGCCCUGCGACAGGGCCUUGGCGAGGUGGGUGACUGCGUCCUUGGAGGCCUUCAGGACCCGAAUGGACAAAGCCCUGAGAGUGGGUCUGAUGUUGACCCCCAUAGAGGUUGUUGAACUAGAAGCCUCCUGAGGUCUCUGACCACCUGAGUUAUUCCUUCUCCUGCGGUCUAGAAACGAUGGCGCUGCUGGGUGGAGCAGGGCAGCACGUGCCGAGAAGCUGCUCUUGCCAGGCGGUGCCGUAGCGGGCGAGCGAGUGCAGCCUCGCGGCUGCGGGAGGCUCGGUAACCGUUGUGCUGUGGGAGGAGAUGGGGCCGGCAGGCUGCCGCGCUGGGCGUUCCCUGCGGCCGAAACGCCACCGGCCUGGGGCGCUUCCAGCGGCGGGUGGGUUGCGGUCAUCGAGGCUUGAGCUGGGACGUGGGGAGGAGAGCCGGGACGUGGGGAGGAGAGCCGCGGUGGGGCUCCGAGGUGGCGCGGAGCGGCCCGGCUCCCCUCCGCGUGCGGGUGCGACGUAGCGAACGACGCGCGUUUAGCUCAGCAAAAACCAUAGCUCGGUUUUCUGCUGAAGCGGCCGGCAAAGCGGCUCUGGUCGCAAAAGGCGGGGGCGAGAGGGGGCAGCUCUGCGGAGCGGCCGGCUCGGCUUGGCUCGGCUCGGCUCGGCUGCUCGCAGCCCGGGAGUCUCCUUCAGCAAGGGCUCCCGGCGCGCGCCGCCCUGGGGCCGUGCGCCAGGCUGGGCCUGGGGUUCCUGGUGCCGCUAUUUAAUGGUGUUUUUAACUGGGGCACAAGAGCUGCCUGCGUCCCCGCGGCCGGGCUGCCACCGACUAGCCCGCGCGUGGGGCUGAGCUCCCCAGCAACGCUCCGCCGCAGCGCUGGAGCCCACGGCUGCCCGGGCUCCCUUCCCUUCUGGGAACAGCCCUGGUGCGGGGUAGCGGCUGCCUCCGGCCCCUCUUCGGCGGAGCUGCCCUCCGGCCGGUGGCUCCGGCGGCGCCCGCCGGUCCCGCUCCUUCCGCAGCCCGUCUGCGGUGGUACGGGCAGGAGGUGCUUGCCCCCCCCCCCCCAUACAGCGCUUCCCUGCAGGGCUGCCCUGAAGGACCCUCCCAGCCUUGUUUGCGUGACCUUAUUUUGCAUUUUGCAUUACCUUAGCUGCUUUUCUUUUUUUUUUUUUUUUUUUUUUUUUUUUUUUUUUUUUUUACUUAAAUGUUUCUGUUUGUUUGUGGGGAUUUCUUCAGCAGCUAAAAAGCUCUUUGUCUCCUUUGGCACUUAAGUUUCUCUGAACUAGCUGGACCAGAAUGAAUCCGUCUCUUUCCUGUUUGUCUCAGACUGACAUUUCUCACCUCUUUUUAUCGUGCCCCUUACACAACUUAACUUGUCCACUGCUGCACUGGACCAAGGCCAGAGGGGACCGGCGACUGGUGCACGUUGUCCUCCUUGCCCCCCCCCCCCCCCCCCCGCCCCGUCCUCCAAGGUGGCAACCAUGUCCCCACCUCCCAGCCCCACUGUGCCCUGUUAUUUAUUGAGGAGCGUUGUGCUGCCGCUGUCAGCGUCACCCUGAAUGUCUUCAAUUAAACCAAGCCUCUUUUGUGCGUCUUCUG